UCUGAAUAACACUUGUGUUACGUUUGGUAGUGUACGUUAUGUAAUAAUAUCAUUCUUGCAUAAUUAAUUGUUAAUAAUAAUUAUAACUAUUGUGUACGUUUGCAAUAGUAUUUGAUAAUUACCAAGAAUAAGUUCGAUUUUGUCGGUUUCAAUUGUUCGGUUCUUUCGAUUUGAUUCUCAUAUCUCUAGGUUGGCUUCGAUAAUCCUGCAAAGUUUGUCCUAUAUUUGCAAAAGUAUUUCAGUGCAAUUUUUCUCGAAUCUUUGACUCGUUUUUUGUAUUUUUCAUAAGUACUCUAACUCGCCUCAUAAAAUAUAUCUAUUAUAUUCAUACAAUCACACCUACUAUUCCUACUCUCCAUUUUGUGAUUACGACCGUUUUUGAUAACAUUUACAAGUUUUUAAAAGAAUUCUCAUCAAUAAGAUAUUAGACGGGACACCCUUAAGCCAGCUAGACGAGAAGUCGUCCACAAGACUGGAACCGACUGACAACCACUUGAAAACCCCCAAGACAUUGCGCAAUAGCAGCCAAUUUCUUGUUGAACCCAGUCCCAGACAAGCCAGCACCAUUGAAGACUUAAUAAAAAAGUUCUCCAUUACUACUUUUAAUUUGAGUGACGAUAAACCAACGACGACCAACAAAAGUAUGAUGUCGAACGGGUUAGAUUCCCAGCAAAACGGCGGCAGCAAUAAUGUGGGUGGGGGUCAAGAGGAGUCCAAAACCAACCUCAUCGUCAACUACCUUCCCCAAACAAUGACACAGGAGGAGAUCCGAUCGCUCUUCUCCAGCAUUGGAGAAGUCGAGAGCUGCAAAUUAAUUAGGGACAAAGUUACAGACAAAAUUUCGCCCCUUAAACUAGGAUCUGGAGAUGAAGUUCCUGGGGUUAUCACUAGUCCGUUGCUUACAGGGCAAUCACUGGGCUACGGAUUCGUGAACUAUCAUCGACCAGAAGACGCUGAAAAAGCUAUCAAUACUCUUAAUGGGCUAAGAUUACAAAAUAAAACUAUCAAGGUAUCAUAUGCAAGACCGAGCUCAGAAGCAAUCAAAGGGGCCAAUUUGUACGUGUCGGGACUACCUAAAAAUAUGACCCAGCAAGAUUUAGAAGCAUUGUUUAGCCCAUUCGGUAGGAUCAUCACCUCGCGUAUACUAUGUGACAACAUAACCGUACGUCAAUUAGUCUCGGGGGCCGGAGAAAAUUUACCUGGCCUUUCAAAAGGCGUAGGAUUCAUUAGGUUCGAUCAACGCAUGGAAGCAGAGCGCGCAAUUCAAGAACUAAAUGGAACCAUCCCCAAAGGAUCGACUGAACCCAUCACCGUCAAAUUCGCCAACAAUCCCAGCAAUAACAACAAAGCUAUUCCACCUUUGGCUGCUUAUCUUACACCACAAGCCACUCGAAGAUUUGCUGGACCAAUCCACCAUCCAACUGGCCGAUUUAGAUACUCCCCCUUAGCUGGGGAUCUGCUAGCAAAUUCAAUGUUACCCGGAAAUGCAAUGAAUGGAUCAGGAUGGUGCAUCUUUGUGUACAAUUUGGCACCAGAAACCGAGGAAAACGUACUGUGGCAACUGUUUGGGCCAUUUGGAGCUGUACAGAGUGUAAAGGUGAUUCGCGACUUGCAGACCAACAAAUGUAAGGGUUUUGGUUUUGUUACUAUGACCAACUAUGACGAGGCUGUGGUAGCAAUUCAGUCUUUGAAUGGCUAUACGUUGGGCAAUCGGGUAUUGCAGGUCAGUUUCAAAACAAAUAAGAGUAAAACGACAUGAAGUGACGAUACAUUUUAGACAGCAUCGCAUCGGAAAUCUUCUUAGGUACCUUCCGCCGUUUUAACUUAUUCAUUAUUAAUUAUUCUAGGGUGAAUUUUCGAUGUCCCUGGUUUUUAGGCAAUUUGGGCGGAAAGUGCCAAGGGAGGGUGCGGGUUUGGGGACGUCCGGUCACGUAUUUCGGCUUUGUGUACUUUUAUUCCGAGCAGCUAAUCUGACUUAAUAGAAUAUAUACUAGGGUUUUAAAGAAUUUGCAUCCUCUGAUAUCGACCUAUAGAUCUAUUGAUCUAUCGCGAAUCCUUUAAUUUCUGUUUAUAAUCUGAAUGAGGAGUCCACUGUGCUGAGUAAUACGUAUUACAAAGUUUUAUUGCGCCGGCCGGCUGCGUCCCUUUCAUUUAUUCUAGUACUUAAAAUACGAUGCUAGUCAGGAGUGCAUUCACGUUUCCUAAUAUGUAUUCAUUAAAUGGUACCAUGUUUAAUAAUUAGUAAAUGUAUUAAUCGUGCCAUCACCGUUUGUGUCGGAAGUUAAAUCGCAAUUCAUACGCUUUGGUUUACGAAAUAGUAUUUAUUAUAUAUUUCUUCUAUCAAUUAGUUUCGAUGUACCUACUUUUUAGUGAUUUAAGUAUUUAAACCCAUAGUGAUUAACUGUGUAACUAUAUUGAAACUAGUCGCGUAAAUUGGCCACGGAUUCACUAAAAACGCUUCAUUUGUUCAGAAAUUUACCUGUUUCAAAUUCAAUUUAGACAUUGCGAAUGACACCGACAGUGUAGGUAUUUCAUUUUCUUAAUAAACAGAUCAUGAUUUUUUCUGAAGAUUAA